AUGGCACCCAUCGCGUUAGCCCCUGCACCUACUCCAAGUCAUGAACUUGCCAGCACUUUCCAAGACCAAUAUUCUCUACAAACACUUCCGAAAACCUCCAAAAAGGUCGCCAGCUACCAGGGCUAUGACCAUGUGCACUGGUGGGUUGGAAAUGCGAAGCAGGCGGCUGCCUAUUACAUCUCCCAGAUGGGGUUCGAAAAGAUCGCCUACCGUGGACUUGAGACCGGCUCCAGAGUGCUCGCUUCACAUGUGGUGCGCAAUGGAGACGUAACAUUCGUCCUCACGUCGCCUUUACAGAGUCCAGAGGCCACAAAUGCCUCGCUGUCUGAGGAUGAACGACAGACGCUCAAGGAGAUGCAGGAUCAUAUGAGAGCACACGGCGAUGCGGUACGCGAUGUGGCUUUCGAGGUAGACGAUGUGGCCGCGGUGUAUAAUGCCGCCAUUUCGAAGGGAGCACAUUCGGUACAACCACUUAAAACCAUCCGUGAUGAGAACGGGUCGGUGACAUACGCCCAAAUCCGGACCUAUGGAGACACCAUCCACACCUUGGUUGAGCGCCACCAGUACCAUGGCGCAUUCCUCCCCGGCUACCGAGCGGUCAGUGAGGUUUCCAGGGCAUCCAAAUACUUACCAGAGGUGAAUUUGAUGCAUGUCGACCACUGCGUAGGCAACCAAGAUUGGGAUGAAAUGGAGGCUGCUUGUGAAUACUACGAGAAAACUCUCGGCUUCCACCGAUUCUGGUCCGUCGAUGACAAAGACAUUUGUACCGAAUACUCGGCUUUGAAGUCAAUAGUCAUGGCCAGCCCUGACGAAAAAAUCAAGAUGCCGAUCAACGAGCCAGCCAAAGGCAAAAAGAAAUCUCAGAUCGAAGAGUACGUCGACUUUUAUAAUGGUGCUGGGGUCCAACAUAUCGCCCUCAGGACGGACGACAUCAUCUCGACGGUGACCAACAUGAGAGAGCGAGGUAUCGAGUUCAUCAGCGUGCCAGACACCUACUAUGAAGCCAUGUCCAAACGGCUGAGCUCUGCAGGUAUGAAGUUGAAUGAGGAUUUUGCCACGCUCAAAGAGCUCGGGAUCCUGAUCGAUUUUGACGAAGGCGGUUAUCUUUUGCAGCUCUUCACGAAGCACUUGAUGGACAGGCCAACAGUCUUUGUCGAGAUCAUCCAGCGGAACAACUUUUCUGGCUUUGGAGCAGGAAACUUCAAGGCUUUGUUUGAAGCGAUCGAAAGGGAACAGAUGGCACGUGGCAAUCUCUGA